AUGCAACAGGAUGGAAAUGGUUUGGAACGAUACCGCCAUGAUCAGACCUGCCAAACUCUCCGGCAGUUUGGUAUUGAGCUUGCAUCAGGAUCCGUAUCUCAAUUUGGUGGAAUUACGCACAUUAAUAAUAACCAUUGGAUUGCAUUCCUCAUCUCCCCUGUUGAAUCCACUAUCUAUGUUGCCGAUUCCUUACGCCAGCCAACAGAAGACAAUGGGCUAUCAGUUGCAGCACGAGAGGCAGUUGAUGUUCUUCAGUGGUGGCUGGCCACAUCAUAUUCGAGUCCAAAUAAAUCAGUGUUGCCAUUUCAGAUUGCGUGGCUGCCAAUUGCUUACCAGAAAGACUCCAUUUCAUGUGGCCUCCUGGCCCUCAAUGUUCUAAUGCAUCAUCUAAUCCCGACAAAAUACUCCCUUUGUACAAACAACAAUAUGGUUAUGCUGCAUGUCAAAUUCCUGACAUCAAUCCUUGAUCAUCAUGACAAACUGGUAAGUGGCCAUGUGCAGCAAUGA